AACGCUGCUCGAAAUUUUCGAUUUAAACGAUACCACUUGAACGCAGCAUAAAGGGCAAAUCAAUAUGGCUAAAUGUUAGCUUUCAUAAGCUUGGUCUAGUAUUGCUCACGGAAGGUUACUGAAGUCUGUUCGAUGGCUUCAUUUGGCUGGAAGAGGAAAGCUGGUGAGAGGGUGUCAAAGUCAGUGGUCCAGCAGUUUGAGGCUGAGGCGGAGAAGGCUGAGGAAGUUGAUGAACAAACUCAGGAUGAGAAGGUAGACUGGCUGCACGCCAUCAAACGGCGACGCGAGGUCCUGCUGGAGGACUGUGGUGCCAAGAGCAAGAGGCUGAAGGAUGAGGGUGCGCUGCUGGCUGAGCAAGGCAGGCACUGGGAAGCCAUUAAGAAGUGGGAUGAGGCCAUUCACCUGACUCCAGACGACCCACUACUAUACGAGAUGAAGUCUCAGGUACUAACCAUUCUGCAGGAAGUGUUCCCAGCUGUGAGAGCAGCAGAGACGGCUGUGAAAUUCCGCCCCCUCUGGUGGGAAGGCUGGCAAACUCUGGGCCGGGCCCAGCUCAACCUGGGAGAGGUGGAUCUGGCUGUGAGGUCUUUCCAGGUUGCAAUCCACCUCUGUCCAUCGGAGUGCAAGCUGUGGCAGGAAGAUCUGGCCUGGGCAUGGAGGAUACAGAAGCAGCAUUUAGCAACCAAGGAGAAGAUUCGGCAAGAGGAGGAGACCAAGAAACAGAUCCUUAAUGCGCCUGAGCUCGAGCAGGACUAUGACUUUGAGUCUGAUGAGGUGCUGGAUGCCUGCGUGGCUGUUGCAGAGCGACAGACACACUAUGAGAAGCUCAAGCAAACUGCUGUGGUCAUAGACUCUGAGGGAAACAUACAAAAUGUUGUCAGUGGGGAACAGGGAUCAGACAACACAGAGACACCAUUAAAGGAGCAGUUCGUCAAAAUAAGAGGACUUUAAACUAAUCUUGGCAUCAGUCAUUUAUCCUGGGUGCAUUUUCAGGACUCUGGUGUUAUUUCUGGAACCACUGUGUGUGUGUGUGUGUGUGUGUCUUUUUUGCAGGAAAGCAGCCAACAUGAGAACUGACAGAUUUGAAAAAGACUUGUGUUGUUGUUUAAGAUUUUCUGUUCCUUCAGUGUUAAAUGUGCAUGUAAAGAUUUUUACAUGAGAAUAAAUGUUUCAAAAUAUGUUCUCUCUCACUGUCACAUUCAUAUUUCCUUCAUUGAACAUCUGUCCAUCAUUUACCAAGAAGCUUCUUUUCCCAUUUAGCAAAGAUGCAGUAAGAUACUUCUGUGAAUAAUAAUAAUCCAUUGAAAUCAGCUUCCAUUUCCUUUGGGAUUGUGGUAAUGCUUUAUUUUACAGCUAUUUCAUCAUAAUUUCUUGAACGUUUCCUGCAAAGAACCAUGUAGUUUGGUAUUAAUUACAGAACAAUGGAGACAAAGGUCUGAGAUUUUUUUUCUUAGUUAGUCCAUUGAGUUGUGUUGAGUUUAUCAUUAGCUUCCAGAUGAGUUUCCAGGACAAAAUCACUCAGUUAAUAGUUGAACCCUAGUUAAUAGUUUGUGUAUUGGAUGGUUGUUUGUAGAUAGAUUAAAUAUUUUUCAUGUGUAGUUCACCUUCUGUCUUCUGAAGAAUGCCUCAUGUUUGUGCUAGGUUAGUAUGUAGAAGUAACUGGAAGUGUACCAACUGAUCAAUUACCCUAUGGAUGUAUUAGCUAAUAGCAUAAUAACAUUAUUAAUAACAUAUUAAGGCAGAAAUUUGUGCUUAACGCCAAAUGCUUCAUUAUUUUCCAGGAUUGACUUAUAAACAAAAAUCCUAAAGGCAGACAGCCUGAGACUUUGUGGAAUAAAGUAUUUCCUUUGUUGGCUAUAAAACUCAGACAACC